AAAAUAUUAAAAAAGAAACCUGUUCACAGAAGAAUUUCAGUCUGUAUGUUAAUAAGAAUAGCUGCAGUGAUCAUAGACAACCUACAUGCUUUCUUAAAAUUGAUGGAAUUAUUAUUUUUUAAAGAUUUAGUUUUAUGUGUAUGUGUGCCUGAGUCUCUGUAUAUGCACAUGUACAGAAGGGUAUUCUUGGAGUCCAGAGAAGAGUUUUGGAAUCCCUGGAACUGUAGUCACAGGUGGUUAUAAGCCACCUUGUGACUGUAGGAACCAAGCCCAGGUCCUCUGCAAGAGCAGCCAGUGCUCUUAACCACUGAGCGGUCUCUCCAGAAUCAGAAGAGAUUAUUUGGAAACCAGGAGGCUUCUGCUGUUGAACCUGACAUGUAGCAGUGUGUUCAUUCCGCUUCUACUACUGAAGCCACAGGGGAGAGGAAAGCACUUCUCAGAGUGCAACAGGGUUGACCAGCCUCUGAUGCACAAGAAUGAGUGAAGGGAAGACCUGUGGGUCCUCCAGACAGGAGGCUGGCACAGACUGUUCCAUGCUCUGCUUGCUCUUCCUCGGUAGUCCUGGCAGCCAGGAAGGGGUGAGUGUGGACAUUUGUACCCAGUAAGAGAACUGCCUGACACUGCAGUGCUUAGAUUUGGGGUUCGGUGUUGCAGGAACAGCUACAGAACUAUCCUUGCACUCCAAGAGUGUGCCAUGCACAGGAGGGCUCGGCUAGUUCUGUCUGUAAUCAGCAGGUCUUGAUGCUGAUUGGCUGUGGAUCUGAAAGCCUGGACAAGGAAGAGUGUUUCCUGUGGGUGCCUGUGUUCAGCCCUCCUAACUCCCUUCCUAAUGUAUCCACAGGUUGCCCCAUUGCUCACCAACAUGGAAGAGGUUGUUGGGUCUGUCGAGGAUAAAGAAUAUACAUGCUUCUCCAAUGCUAUACCCAUUCACAAAAACAGCAGUAUUUUAUCUGUAGAAGUUGUCAAGAAUAUUGAGACUGCUGUUAAUGAAGGAAAGUUGGGAGAAGUGGCCUCCAUAGUCAAAGAUAUCAGUCAGGAAGUAUCCAGAAACACAGUGAAAAUUGCCGUGACUGGGGACUCUGGCAAUGGCAUGUCAUCCUUCAUCAAUGCCCUUAGGCUCAUUGGACAUGAGGAGGAGGAUUCAGCUCCCACUGGGGUGGUGAGGACCACCCAGAAACCAGCCUGUUACUCCUCCUCCAGCUUUCCCAAUGUGGACCUUUGGGACCUGCCUGGCACAGGGGUCACAGCCCAGAGCAUGGAGAACUACCUGGAGGAGAUGGACUUUGAGAAAUAUGACCUUAUCAUCAUCAUCGCAUCUGAGCAGUUCAGUUCAAACCAUGUGAAGCUGGCCAAAGCCAUGCAGAGGAUGAGAAAGAGGUUCUAUGUCGUCUGGACAAAGCUGGACAGGGACCUCGGUACAAGUGCCCACUCAGAACCCCAGCUACUGCGGAGUAUCCAGGAGAGUAUUCAGGAGAACCUCCAGAAGGAGGGGGUGAAGGUGCCCCCCAUAUUCCUGGUAUCUAACUUUAAGCCUUCAUCACAUGACUUCCCGAAGCUCAGAGACACACUGAAAAAAGACAUCCCCAGCAUGAGAUAUGAUGGUCCCUUAGGAACCGUUUUCCAAAUCUGCGAGAAGACUAUUAAUGAGAUAGUGGAAUCCAUUAAUAAGAGCAUAGAUGAGGAUAAUCUAAAAUCUAUUGGAAUCUCAAAUCCAGAUAAUCUGGGAGAGUGUCAGAAAGUAUUCCAAGAAAGAUUUGGUGUGGAUGACAGAUCUCUCCACCAGGUGGCUCCGAUUAUGAACCAGCCUGAUGUUUAUUCCAGGAUUGCCAAGCAAUCCCAGGUUACACAGAGAGACCAACAAGCUGGCCGGACUCUGUCUCAGCUUUCUUGUUCCGGAAUCAAACGUUUCUAUACAAGGUUUAACGACAACAUCCGUUGCUGUUUUGAGUCUCGCCGUCAUAGACACAUGAGUCAGAAACAUGUGCUUGAUGAAGUUGCUCAGCAAACCAAGAAUAUUCUGAGGGAAAUCCUGAAACAGUCCAUUAUCCUUCCUCAGGAGGGCUAGACAACUGAGGUCCCCUAACCAGCUCUGUACUCUACGUCUACCCGAAGUUGAGCUUACCUGAGAUGUGGAUUCCAAGUUCCUUGAGGUUAAUGGUCCACCUUUCUUGAUGGGUGUCCCCCCUCAGGAAACACCAUAAUGGAUUUUACUUUGUACCUUUUGUUUAAUUUUAUUAACUGAACUAUAUGGGAUCCCAAUAUAGGAGAAAUUUCCUUAUUUUGGCUGUACAGAAUCUCACGUUUGACACACGGUUAUCUUUGCACCUAUGAUAGAUAUUGUUUCUCUAAGAGGCCUCUUGGUUUCCCAUCUCUCUUUGCCCUCUCUUCUUCUUUCCUGUCUGGGGAAGCAGUGCAUUCCUGGGGGAAUGAGGAAGAGCUUGCUGUUGUCCAAGGUCUGAAAGCAUGGCUGGUAGAGGCCUGGUCUCUGACCUCUCCUCCCAUGUGUAAAGAGAGGGGAAUUAACUCUGGACCACUGGAAAUGGGAUUCACCAAGUGCUGAAGGUAGAAUUCUAAGUACCCAACACUGCCCCCAAUGGCAUCAAUGUCGUCAUGUCUAGUCAUGGCCCCUCCCACUCUGUGCAUUCACAGUCCCCUAUUGGAUCUGACCUUCUUCAGCCUCCCCUAACUCUACAGGCCAGACACUCGGACCAUCCUCUCUCCACAUGGAGCUUUCCCAUUUUCCUCAGUUGUGUGUGUGUGUGUGUGUGUGUGUGUGUGUGUGUGUGUGUGUGUGUGUGUGUGUGUGUGUGUGUGUUUAUCUAAGACAGAUGUUGCCCGGCAUUCAGUCACCUCUCUUUCUGUCAGGCCAACCUUUAACUGUCUCAGCCCUGUGCCCUCCACUUCUUUCAGGACACUAAAUACUCCCCACUUCCCACCAUUACAGUGUCACAUCCCAGCACGUGUACUUUCAUGUCACUUGUUCCAGGAAGGGUUUAUGUUUGCCUCGUAGUUUGACAGUACAGCCCAUUGUCCCUGAAAGUCAUCACCACAGGAGCACAGGCCAGCUGGUCACAUUGUGUCCACAGUCAGGAAGCAGAGAGAGAAAGAUGAAUACUGUUCCUUGGCACACGCUCUCCUUUCUUUCAGCCCAAGACCCCAGCCCACAGAAUGAUACCAUCCACGUUCAGAGUUGGUCUUCCAACCGUAUUGAACCAAGUCGAGAAACUCCCUCAUAAGUAUGCCCAAAGGUCUGUUUGCAUUCAAGAUCCUGCCAAAUUGACAUUCAAUAUUAACCAUACAGGUACUGUGAUAGCAGAGGGGUGUAUUGGAGUUUUAUUGAUUAGUAGUGUGAAGAAGAUUGGGUGUGGCUCAGUAGUCCAGUCCUUGACGAUCACACAGGAGGCUAUGGUUUUGAUACCCAGAAAGAAAGAAACAAAACCUGUUUUGAGACAGGAAGACAAUGCCAAUUGUAUUUGUUGAGAAAAAUGCAUCAACUGUAUCAUCUUGCUGGCACAAGAACUUUGUGAAAAAGGCUCAUGUAAAUGUAAAAGGUAGAUCUACUUUACAUGCUGGGUAAGGAUGGGAUGGACUAAGAGUGUCAGUGGUGGUGGGAUUGGGGUUGAGGGGAAUAAAGCUCUGGCUAGCCUCACCUUCCACCUGCUCCAAUCUGGUAGUGUAAAUCGAUAGACUCCCAGGAAAGGUCUGCAAAGAAGUCGCAGAAGUUUUGUUUCUCAUCCUCAUGAUGCUCAGAAAUAAUUUUUGACGGUGAGUUUAUAGCGUGGAUUUCACUGCAGUGUGUUCACUGUUAAAGUGAGGGGGCUUGCUCUUUGAAAGUCGUGUGGGUGCUACUGCUGAGGUUGUGUGUGUUUGUCACAGGGAAUCUAACCUGGCCCCAGCACUGAGGAAACUGACAUGAAGACUGUGAUUUCACUCUUAGCCCGCUGCAAAAGCAGGGUAUAAAUUCUAUGUCUUAAAAAAUAAAUGUAGAUUUUCUUUUUGCUAGUUGUAUAUACAGACCUAUUUGUGUACAGAUACAGAAAUAUAUGUACACAUUAUAAACUCAUCACACACAUUUAUGAUGUAUUGCGUGUAACAGACAUACUGUUAAUCCCUAUCAUAAAUAACUAAUAAGAGUAUACAAUAUAAAUAUG